GACAUUGAUCGAUGGCGUUAUCACAUGGAAUUUGAGAAUUUUAGGAAGCGUCUUCAAGAUGCAGCCAAUAUCGUCUUUCCAAACGACACCAAUUCACGAUAUGCGAAAGUUUCAGUGUUGAUACUGAGUUGGGAAGACGAGGACCCUCAGCUUCCUGUCUCUCAAGAGAUCAACCAGUUGCACGGCGUGUUUCGCGAUGACUACGGAUAUGAGACCGAAAUCUGGAACAUACCAGUCGAACACAGCCAUUGGAAGCUUACUGAGAAAGUAAUGGACUUUGUGAAGCCUGAUGAAGAGGCCAAGACACAUUUGAAAAUUGUGUACUACGCUGGCCAUGCAAAACUGACGGAAACUCGACUGCUUGUCUGGACGAGUUGGAGGAAUAAUAAGAAACUCAAAUGUCCGAUGGUCAAGUGGGGAGGAAUUCAAACCAUUCUUGAGGAAUCAAUCAGCGAUGUUCUCAUUCUGCUAGACUGUUGCGCAUCUGGAACAGCAAAUGCCAGCGAUGGCAACGGUGUCAACGAACUAAUUUCGGCCUGCGCCUUCAACGAAAUCGCGAAUGGUGUUGGUCCUUACUCGUUCACAAGUGCUCUAGUGACAGAGCUCCGACUACUCAGCAACAAGCCCUCAUUUAGUGUUGGAGAACUGUACAAGAAAAUAUUCUUCAGAACACAGUGUCGUAUGCCAGAAGAAAGGUACCUAGACGGUACUCAAAAAGAACGACAUCCUGCGCCGAUACAUCUUGUGCUUAGUCAGGGCGAGUCAGGUCCCAGGGGUAUCCAGUUACCUACGAACCUAGGCCAACGAAAGUCACGCAGAGAUCUUGAUUCUCGAAGUAGAACGCCCCUCGAUUUUGCUUCACCAAUACACUCCCAGAGGCCUACUACUGAUGGUAUUCAAUCCUUCGAGGAUAAAGACUCAUUUUCAUCUCUUGUGGACGGGACUUCAAAAGAACCCUUUGAUGAGAACCCCACUGUCAAGUAUUCAACGCCAAGCAUUGGCUCUCCAAGAUUACUUUUCUCUGUUCGAUUAAGAGAAACCUUUCGACCUGACGAAUGUAUGACUGAUCUGUUCACUGAGUGGAUUAGGAACUUCCCCACUAUUGCUGAUCACAUGAGUGUUGAAGCAUUGUUCGAUAGUCAUUCUACUCUUGUCAUCAUGUCUCUACCUGUCGAUAUA